AUGGGCUAUCCAGACGUUAUAGGUGGCGUCUCCAGAAAGGUCUGCUCGGGCAUUUACACACACUCGUGCCGUUUCCUAAGAGCGGGCUACUUUGAAAUUGGCGGCCGCAUGGCUGUGAUCUCUAGUCCGCAAUCGUUCAUUGUUUGGUCAGCAAUUCCAUACGAUGAAAGAACAAUUGACUCUCUGAAUAAAACCAUGGUUGAAGGAGGCGACCUCAACACUGACGAGUCCUUUGUCCAGAAGGUGUCACAUCUGAUUAUCCCAGACGGCGAACAUACGAUGGCUGUGCAGAGCUGGAAAGCAAAGUUCCCUAACAUCAGAAUCGUGGGAUUCGAAGGCCUCAAGCCGGAAAUUGCCAAAGUAACCGACGUUGUGAUUCCGAACAGUGCCGCUUGGAAGAUUCUUAGCACCGGCGACUUGAGUGCGUUUGGCUUCGAUGAGACAAAAGAUGUGGCAUUGGCAGAUGCCAGACUGCAAUUUAUGUUCUGGCCAAAAGUGUCAAACAAGGAACUUCUGGUGUUCAGCGAGCCCCAGAAAACAGUCUUUGCCGCUGACGUGAUUUUUAAUCUCCAGCAUAAUAAGAGAAGGAUCCCAGAGUCAGAUCUUUAUAACGAACAGUUUGAGGGCAACGAGCCUUUCCAUCUUUUACAAAGGCUCUUCUUUAAAAAUGCGUUCAGCUUUGGAACUAGCUUCAACAAAUUCCUUGCCAAACGGAUGGUUGCUGACCCUGUUAGCUUCUCUCCUGCUUUCAAAGAGCUGCUUGCCAAAUGGGAUCCGGUCAAGGUCAUUCUUUGUCACGGCGAUGUGAUCGAGCGUGAUGGGUCAGCCGUUUUCAAGAAAGCUUUUGGCCAUAUUGUCAAGGAAUAG